AUGUCACAUUCAGGUGCUGCUACUUUCAAAAAAGUCUCUGGUAUAAUCACAAUAAAUGAAGAUGUAUCACCUGCACAACUGAUAUGGAGGUCUACUACUGGAGACAAAACACAUACUAUAUCUUUAGAAACAAUAGAUAAAUUACAGGCUACGCCACCUAAAAGUGAAAAGAUGAUGUUAAGACUGAUUGCAAAAUUGGAUCCAGAUGAGGUUGCUGCUUCAAUGGCUAAAAAAAUUAAGGAUAAUGAUGGUAAUGAAAUACCUGCACCUCCUCCUAAGCCUGUUUCUCAUAUGUUUUCCUUCAAUAAUAGAACUGUUAUGGAUAAUAUUAAGUUAACUUUGCAGCAGAUUAUUUCUAGGUAUAAAGAUAUUGAACAGGAAGAAGAAAGACGUAGGACUGAGACCCCACUGUCUACUGCGGGUCUUGAUCCUUUAACUGUUCAACAACAACAGCAACAACAGCUACAUAUGCAUCUACAACAGAGUCAAACACCAUUAAUCAACACGGCCCAAUUAGAUGAUUCUUUAUCUAAGGAAAAUCUGUUACUAAAUCUGAAAUUGCAACAGUCGCUGUUGAAGAAUAAUAAAGAGUUGAUGAAAACAUUCCAAGAGACUGUAAUAUAUUCUGGUCUACCACCAGAAGAAUUUUGGUCAACACGUAUACCUUUGCUACGUGCAUUCGCAUUGUCCACAUCACAAAAAGUUGGUCCAUAUAACGUUUUAUCCACAAUUAAGCCAGUAGCAUCUUCAGAAAAUAAAGUUAAUGUGAAUUUAUCAAGACAAAAAAUUUUAAGUAUAUUCGAAACUUAUCCUAUCGUUAAGAAGGCAUAUGAUGAUAAUGUGCCUAAAAAUUUUAAAGAACAAGAAUUUUGGGCAAGAUUUUUUUCUUCAAAACUGUUUCGUAAGUUGAGAGGUGAGAAAUUGAUGGCAAAUGAUCGUGGUGAUGUCAUUAUUGAUAGAUAUUUGACUUUAGAUCAGGAAUAUGAUAGAAAAGAUGAUGAAAGACUGAGCCAUCCUGUCACCAAACUAAUUGACAUUGCAGCUAAUCGUGAAGAUGAUCCUGUAAAAUUAGGGCAUAGGCCUGAUUUUACUAUGAGACCUGGUGUAGAUGUCAAUGGUAAUAGUGAUGGUACGAUAGAUAUCUUGAAAGGUAUGAAUAGAUUGUCUGAAAAGAUGAUUAUGGCAUUGGAGAAUGAAUAUUCAAGAUCGAACGUGCAACAAGAGGAUCCGUGUCAACAAGAACGUGAAAGCAUAGAAAUAUUAGAUUUAGAGAAACCAUUUAAAGCAGAUUAUGCUUUAAUUCAUUUAAAUGAUAAAGAAAAGGAGAAAUCAAUAGAAUUAAUUAAUAAUAAUAACAAUAAUAGUGAUGAUAGUAAUGGUGCAAAUAAUGAAAGUUUAACACCAGAAAUUAUAUCAAAACAUAUAUCCAAUCUUAUUGAUGACCUGAGUUCCAAUGUAGAUUUAACUAAUGUAAUGUCUGAGAGUAGUGAAAACAACGUAAUUAAUCAACGUGUUAUUCAAGCAGUGAAAAUAAAUGCCAAACAAACCAAAUAUAAUCAUCUAGAUCCCAUGUUGGGAACUUUUAUUGGUCGUUCUGAUGAGGAUGAAGCAAAAUCAGAUCUUCCGGUAGAUUUGUUAGAGAGUUGCAGAAUAUUACAUUCAACAUGUUGUGAAUUUCUUAAACAUUUCUAUAUUCACUUCCAGAGUGGUGAGUAUAAAAGAGGUAUUCUUGUUAAUAAGCUAUACAAGCAUUUAAAAGACUGCAGUAUGAAAUUAAAAGAACUAUUUGAUGAUGUUUUGAAAGAAGAUGGUGAGGCUAUGGCACAGAUAACCACUGCAUAUUUAAAACCAAUUUUGGAUUCUGUUAUGUUUGCCAUUGCAAAAUACGAUAAAGCAUUUGCUGAUUUUAAUAAGAAUGUUCCACCACCAUUAUCUUCUUCAUAA